CGAAGAAGUGCCUGUUCCACAUUUAAGGCCGAAGACUUCAAGUUUAAUUAACUAAGAGGAAAUUAGGUUUGGGUUGAGAAAAUUAAUUAUAUCUUUGAUUUGUUUGAAUGUGAAACACUGACAUACACACUAUAUAAACUGAGCAUUAGCCUCGUAUCUUAGUAGUUCACAUAUAAUUCGAAGCAUUUCUUAGAAUGGCAAAGGGGAGAAUGAAAAUUUUGUCAUUACUAUGUGUUUACUUUGUUUCAACUUUAGCGAUCGCUAGAAAUGUGAGGGAUGAUAAUGAAAAGACAGGGUUGAUUGGUAAGGGCGCUAGAAUUGGAGGUGGAGUUGGAGGCGGCAUCAGCGGUGGUAUUGGUGGAGGUGUUGGUGGUAGAUUUGGUGGUGGAGCCGGAGGUGGUAUAGGCGGUGGAGCUGGAGGUGGUAUAGGUGGUGGAGCAGGGGGUGGUGUAGGUGGUGGAGUCGGAGGUGGUUUCGGUGGUAGUGGUGGUGUUCAGGGAGGUCAUGGCGGUGGUAUAGGUGUUGGUGGAGGAGCCGGUGGAGGGGCUGGUGGUGCUAUAGGUGUCGGUGGAGGAUUCAGAAAAGGUGGAAGAAUUGGAGGGGGAAUAGGGGUUGGCGGAGGUGGUGUUGGAGGAGGUGGAAAAGGCGAUGGAAUACACCAUCAUUAAAAUAUUUUAAAGUAUGUAUGUCAUACGUUCACAUCAUUUUAUCCAAAGAUUCAUCAACUAUGUUACUCUCUAUUUGCAUUCAUGUGACAUUCUUAAGACAAGUAUUAACACAUUGUGUGUGAGCUUGACCUCUGAUCGUUGCUGAAACUUACAUAGUUAUUGCUCUUAAAUCUCAAUGGAAUAAAACUAAAGUUUAUUU